GGAAGCAAAACACACUGCCAUGUGUGUACCUAUGCAGCUGUCUUGCAUGUUCUGCACAUGUACCCCAAAACCUAAAAUGCAAUAAAAAAUUUAAAAAAAAAUGGCACCUUCUCACUCUCUAUUCUCUUAUUCUACUUCAUUCCUCUUUAAAGCACUUCUUACCAUCUGACCUAUCUUGUAUACACACUUUCGGAUUUCUUCACUGGCUGCUCCCGCUCUCCCCUAUGCAAGCUCCAUGAGAGCAGAGACUGUUUUGUUCAUUGCUGCAUCUCUCUCUUAAAAUAGUUCUUGGCCUAAGUGGCAUGCAGGUGAGUAUUGCAUGCGUGAAUGAGACAAUAAUGGGCCCAAAUUCUUCUUGAAAGUUCCUCAAUCUUAAGGCUAGUUUACUAUCACCAUAUUUCUUGGUUUCUUCACCAUUAUUGACUCACUGUAUCUCUGUCUCGUUUGUGGGCAUACCUUGGAAAUAUUGCAAGUUCAGUUCCAGACUACUCAAAUAAAGCAAACAUUGCAAUAAAGAGAGUCACACAAUUUUUUGGUUUUGCAAAAAACAUGAUGAAAGUCAUGUUUACACUAAAUUGUAGUCUAUUAAGAGUACAAUUGCAUUAUGUCUAAAAAUACCAAUGUGCAUCCCUUAGUUUAAAAUAAUUUAUCAAUAAAAAUGCUACUGAUCAUCUGAGCCUUCAGUGAGUUGUAAUGUUUUUGUUGAUUGGGUGGGUGGGGUCCUGCCUCUAUGUUGAUUGCUACUGACAGAUCAGGGUGGUGGGUACUGAAGGUUGGAGUGUCUGUGACAAUUUUUUUUUCUUGAGAUGGAGUCUCACUCUGUUGCCCAGGCUGGAGUGCAGUGACAGGAUAUCAGCCCACUGCAACCUCUGCCUCGUGGGUUCAAGUGAUUAUUUUGCCUCAGCCUCCCAAGUAGCUGGGAUUAUAGGCACCCAACAACACACCUGGCUAAUUUUGUAUUUUCAAUAGAGUCAGGGUUUCACCAUGUUGGCCUCAAAUUCCUGACCUCAGGUGAUCCACCCACCUCAGCCUCCCAAAGUGCUGGGAUUACAGCAUAAGCCACUGCGCCCUACCAGCAAUUUCUUAAAAUAAGACAAUGGUGAAGUCUGCCACAUCUACUGACUCUUGCUUUCAUGAAAAAUUUCUCUGUGGCAUGUAACACUGACAGAAAUUUACCCACAGUAGAACUUCUUUCAAAAUUAGAGUCAAUUCUCUCAAACCCUGCUGCUUCUAUAGCAACUAAGUUUAUUGAAUAUUCUAAAUCUUUUGUUGUCAUUUCAAUAAUGUUCAUAGUAUCUUCACCAGGAGGAGAUUUCAUCUCAAAAAAAAUUGCACAUUUUUUGCGCAUCCAGAAAAAUCAAGUCCUCAUUUCUUCACGUUGUCAUUAGAUUGCAGCAAUUCAGUCACAUCUUUAGGCUCCACUUCAAAUUCUAGUUUCCUUGCUCUUUCUACCAUAUCUGCAGUUAUUUCUCCCACUGAAGCCUUGAACUCCUUAAAGCUAUCCAUGAUCAUUUUAAUCAACUUCUUCCAAACUCCUGUUAAUGGGUUGAUAUUUUUGACCUCCUCCCAUGAAUCAUGAAUGUUCUCAAUGGCAUCUAGAAUGGGGAGUCCCUUCUAUUAGGUUUUCAGUUUACUUUGCUCAGAUACAUCAGAGGAAUCAUAACUAUGACAGUGAAAACUGUAUGCAAUGUAUUUCUUAAAUAAGAAGACAUGAAAGCGGAAAUUACGCCUUCAUCCCUGAGCUUCAGAGUGAUCUCGUAUUAGCAGGUAUGAAAACAAAGUUAUUUCAUUGUAUAUCUCCAUCAGAGCUCUUAGGUGACCAGGUACAUUGUCAAGGAUUAGUAAUAUUUUGAAAAAAAUUUUGUUCUCUGAGCAGUAGGUAUCAACAGUGAGCUUAAAAUAUUGAGUAAACCAGACGGAUGCAGUGGCUCUCACCUGUAAUCCCAGCACUUUGGGAGGCUGAGGUGGGUGGUUCACCUGAGGUCCGGAGUUCAAGACAAGCCUGACCAACAUGGUGAAACCCUAUCUCUACUAAAAAAAAAAAUACAAAAAUCAGCUGGGCAUGGUAGUGUGUGCCAGUAAUCCCAGCUACUCAGGAGGCUGAGGCAGGAGAAUCACUUGAACCUGGGAGGCAGAGGUUGCAGUGAGUCGAGAAUGUACCACUGCACUCCAGCCUAGGUGACAGAGUGGGACUCCAUCUCAAAAAAAAAAAAAAAAAAAAAAAAAAAACUGAGUAAACCAUAGUAUAAAUAGUUGUGCUGUCAUUCAGGGUUUGUUGUUCCAUUUAUAGAGCACAGGCAGAGUAGAUUCAGCAGAUGUUUUAAGGGCCCUAGAAUUUUCAGAAUGGUAGGUGCACAUCAGCUUUAAUUUAAAGUCACCAGAUGCAUUAACCCUAACAAGACUCUGCCUGUCCUUUGAAGCCUUGAAGCCAGGCAUUGCCUUUUUCUCUCUAACCGUGAAAGUCAUAGAUAACAUACAUUUCCAGCAGAAGGCUGUUUCAUCAACACUGAAAAUCUAGCUACCUUCGUCAAUGAUCUGAGCUAGAUCUUCUGGAUAAUUUGCUGCUAUCAUACUUCCUGCUUCAUCUUGCACUAUUAUGUUAUGAAGAGAUCUUCCUUCCUUAAACCUCAUGAACCAACCUCUGCUAGCCUCAGACUUUUCCUCUGCAGCUUCCACACUUCUCUCAGCCCUUAUAGAACUGAAGAGAGUUCAGGGACUUCCCCUGAAUUAGAAUUUGGCUUAAUGGAAUGUUACGCUGCUUGAGCCUGUUAUCCAGACCAUUAAACUCUCCACACCAGCAAUAAUGCAAUUUCAUUUUCUUAUGAAAAUGGACGGUGUGUCCACUGGAUUAAUGUCCUUCAAGAACUUUGCCUUUGCAUUCACAAUUUGGCUAUCUGUUUUGUCCUAGCCUCUGGCCCACCUCAUCUUUUGACAUGACUUCCUUACGAAGUUUAAUCAUUUCUAGCGUUCGAUUUUAAGGGAGAAAUGCAUGAGAUUCUUCCUUUUACAUGAACAGGCCAUUGUAGGAUUAUUAAUUGGCCUAAUUUUCAUAUUGUUGGGUCUCAGAAAGUAGGGAGGCCCAAGGAGAGGAAGACAGCUGGGGAAACAGCCAGUUGGCGAAGCAGUCAGACUCCAGACAAUGUGUAUCAAUUAAGUAUGCUGUCUUACAUGGAUGCAGCUCAGGGUGCCCCAAAAUAGUUACAGCAGUAAUGUCAAGGGUCACUGAUCACAGAGCACUAUAACAAAUAUCAUAAUAGAUUUUGAAAUAAUACUAGAAUUACCAAAAUGUAACACAGACACAAAGUGAGCCCAUGCCAUUUGGAAAAUGGCACCAAAGCUUCCGGAUGGCUGAACACGUGGUGGUUCCUAGAGGAGGUGGCAUCUAGGGAGGCAAAGAAUCACCACACCACUUCCUCCAUCCCUUGGCUUGUGUGUCUCUUCAUCUGUAUCUUUUGUAGCAUCUUUUAUAAUAAGCUGGUAAAUGUGCUUCUCUGAGUUCUGUGAGCUGCACCAGCAAAUUAAUCAGAUUCAGUGAGGGCAUCUUGGGAACUCCAACUCGAAGCUGGUCAGAAGUUCUGGAGGCCCCAACUUGCAACUAGCGUCUGGAGACUGAGCCCCUAACCUGUGGGACCUGACACCCUCUUUAACUUUCAUUUUAGCAAUUACAGAUAACAAUAACCAAGGGACUGAAUAUUUUGCUUUUUUCUUGUUAGUUUGCAUUUCUUUAUGCCUCCAGUGGAAAAUACCCCCAUACAUUUGGUUGUAGAAGUCUUCCGUCCCUAUGAUUUUUGUGGUGUGAGAGCAGAGGGAAAACAAAUAAAGAAACAAGGUUUCAGAAAGUUUUUCCCUAAAUAAUUGUUGUCAGUGAAGCGGGAUUUGCUUGAACAGCCCUGACGCAUGGAAGCCAAUGGUUUGAAACGAGAAAGGAUUAAAGGGUGGGGGGAUAAAGAAUCUUCAGUUCCCAGGUGGCCACGUGGUCGCCCAUAGUAUGAAGCUGCAGCUAUGUUGAGAUCAGUUACUAAAGGUACAAGUUUUUAGCAGAGUUUACAGAUGGAUCCAACGCCCCAGGAAUUGUUCCACUGGAGGCAUAAAGAAAUGCAAACUAACAAGAAAAAAGCAAAAUAUUCAGUCCCUUGGUUAUUGUUAUCUGUAAUUGCUAAAAUGAAAGUUGAAGAGGGUGCUGGCUCAGGCCUUGCGGCUGGACUAAACUCAGAUGUGGGGCUGUCUCAACUCAGGCCACUAGCCUCAAAGCCACCCAGAAAGGGGAACAUUACGCCCGGGCCAGAAAGUACCUUUUGGAUCUUUGGACACCAAGAAGGUAGCGAAUGUGGGAGAAGGGCAAGGCAAUUACUCUUGAAACCAGAGGUGUCAUGUGAAGGAUUAUUCCAUUUUGUAUACUGAUAUCAUCAACUUUAGGCUGCUGCUUUAGGCAGCUCCAAUCCAAACAAUGGAGUUGAUUUUAGAACCCUAAAAUUCUCAAAGCUGGCUUUGUCUCCCGGGAAGGGCAUCAGCUGAGAUAACCCAAGUGGCAUUUGAGAAAAAGCAGGAGCAGGAAGGUCGCUCUCUGCCCACCCCCGAAUCCCGGGAGCAGGUCAUAAGCCCUUGUUUGAGGGGUUUAAGAAAGAAGCAUCCUUAUCUCUGAAGACACAGCCUUGCUGAGUUCCCCCAGUUUAUCUCCGUGAGAGCACACACACUCUGUCCGAUUCUACCAUUCCAUGGCGGCCACUGUUCAUCAAACCUAACUAAGCCUACGAUACACAAGUUUCCUGUUCUUUGGGCCAUUUUCUUAUGAAGACUCCUGUGCCACAGAAAACUUUUUAAAUAAAUGUGUAUGCUUUUCUCUUGUUAAUCUGUACUUUGUUACAGGGGCAUCGCCCAUAAUCCUGGUGAUGGGUGGGGGAAAAACAUCGUUUUUACCGUACAAAGGAAUAAAAAAAGAAGUAUUGGGUGUAUACAUUCUCAACCCAAUGAGAGAAUUCCAUUCUGUGUGACUUAUUUCCUCCCUAUGUUGUAUUAUUCAUGGACAGACCCUCUACUCUUGAUUCAUUUGAUUAAAAAAAUUGUGAACACUGCAUCCUGAACUGUGGCCCUAGAAUGAAGUGUCUUGCAGCUAUUAAUGACACCCAGCGGAAAGCAUCCAAUGGAUGCUUAGGAUGAGCCGAUAAAGAAUUUGGGAGAGCCCUUGCCCUGGACUUUCUGAGACAAUUUCCUUCUUCACAGCAGUGUUCAGGUUUUCUUGAGCCCUUAGCCAUGGGAAAGCUGUGCUCUCUUAUUUCUCCUCUGAGGCUGUCUUCUUCAUAGCUCGAUUGCAGUUCUGCAGCGCAGUCAAAAACCUGGGCAUUGGCCAGGCGCGGUGGCUCAAGCCUGUAAUCUCAGCACUUUGGGAGGCCGAGGCGGGUGGAUCACGAGGUCAGGAGAUCGAGACCAUCCUGGUCAACAUGGUGAAACCCCGUCUCUACUAAAGAUACAAAAAAUUAGCUGGGCAUGGUGGCGCGUGCCUGUAAUCCCAGCUACUCGGGAGGCUGAGGCUGGAGAAUUGCCUGAACCCAGGAAGCGGAGGUUGCGGUGAGCCGAGAUCGCGCCAUUGCACUCCAGCCUGGGUAACAAGAGUGAAACUCCAUCUCAAAAAAAAAAAAAAAAAAAAAAAAAAAAAAAAAAAAAAAAAAAAAAAGACCUGGGCAUUUCCCAGCAUUUUAUAUGUUGUGCCUGAGAAGGAAUCUGUACACUCUGGGUAAGAAGGAAUUCAAUCUUAGACAAACGGUGCUGUGUGAAUUACUAAAAGGCUUCCCUCUGGGCAACACUCAUUAUGGUUUGUGAUCAAGUUACAGAAUGUUCGUGUUGCUUCUUCAUCAGCUUUGUUUGUGAUUUGAUAUAGUUGAUCAAGAUUGCAAAGUGAUUUUAAUUUUUGUGCUUAUAUAUUAAGGAGUGGUCUCUCUGCUAUUUCAAGUGAGCCAUCUAUAAAAUUAACUUAAUCACCCAUUAGAUCUACAGACUAUAAAAAUGAAUAUUAUAUACAUAUAGAACUGCAUAUGUGUAAAAAAAUUUCUAACAAAUAUCUGGGCUACAGGUGUCACAAAAAGAAGGCUCACUUUUAGUGCACUCACUUUUAGAGCAAGCAAAAUAAUAUAUAUUACAGGUUAAGAAAGAGAAAAUAGCAAAAAAAAAAAAAAAAAAAAAGAGAAUUGAAAUAAACUGAAAUUCUUAUUUUCUUGUUUCCUUAUCACUAGGUUUUGCAGAAUCCAGCUCCAUGAGAAAGUUUUCCCCAUUAUCAGUCUCCUAGUAGGCUUUGUAAUUAGGAAAAAAACGCAAAACUCCCCCCUUCCUUUGCUAUGUUUUGGUUGCAUAAUCUUAUUCUUGGAUAUAGUCAACAUAAAUUUAGGGCUUAUAUUCAAAUCAAGUUUGUAAAAUAAAAUAUUUCUCUUUCAAAUUUGUGUCUGUAGCCCCCAUCCCUCAUCAGAUGUCAGGAAUAAUUGGUGGAUACAGGAUUUGUUCUUUAAAUAAGAAAGCAAGCAUUAUUUUCUUACAAAUGAGUAGAAACUGCUGAAAGAUAGGGCCCCUGCAUCAGACUUCUAUCUUGUGUUUCUGGGAGAGUUGUGGUGCCAAGAUAUUAUCCAUCUUUCUCCCCAUUUGUUCUAAAGAUCCCCAGGCCUCCCAGGUGCUGGAGAGUGAGAGAGGAUUUAAAGUCUUUCUGAGAGUGACUCCUCACAUUACUGUGGUUUUCUGUUACUAAUACAAGUGCUUUCCCAGCAUCUGUGACGCAGUUUUCUCUUUCUGUCUUUCUGUUCUCUAAGGUACUGAGCACAAGGUAUCUCAUUUUAAGAAACGGAACAGUGAAGCAUAAGCUUACACUUAUCAGAUGGCUUACACUUCACUCCAAGGGUUCAGAUCAUUCAUUCUCUGAUUUCCCCUUUGCUUUUCUGAGAAAAAUACAGUUGUAUGUUGACUAAGACUAAAGAAAUUCAGCUUUGUAGAAGGAACAGAGCAUCUCAGUUGCUGUAAGUUUUUGUUGUUAGUUAUUAUUUGUAACCAAGAGCUCUAAUUUUCCUAGAUCUGUCUGUUGUAGAGUGCAGCAGUAUCUUCUUUGGUGCUGCAGGAGAAGGGAUGCAGCCCUUCUUUCUGGGUUCUUUUGGCCGAAGAAGCCUUUCAAAACAUAAAAUGUAGGCUCCAUGAGCAAAGGUGUUUUUUGCCUCUUUUGUUGCUGUUCUGCCUGAUGUGUGGCACACAGUAGACUCUCUGUAAAUACUUAUGGAAUGAAUGAAUGAAUUCUCCAUGAAAUAGGUUUAGUGGAUGGGGUUUAUUAGAGCUUUAUAUCCAAUGACCUUCGUGUGGGGAGGCAAUAUUGCCAGUGAGUGUCAUGGUUGCCUUUCUAUUCCAGCUCUUUGUCCUGGGAAGAGCUUGCUGCAUCUUCUUGUUUCAGCAAUCGAAGAAGCAGAGUUCCCCUGCAAUUCUUCAAGGAGCCUUGAGAAUUCAGAAGGUCUUCGGGUGGCUGCAUCAAUCCUGCAGACAAAUGCCAGGUGGCAGAGAGGCCAUUCCCAGGGUCACAUGGCUGGCUGGGUUCAGUCUUGGCCAGGGAGCCACUGCGGCAAAUCCCACAGGAAUCCCAGAGUGACUCUCACUGAACGAUUUGGGAGAAAAUCACGGAAAAUGGGAAAGAAGAACGUGAGCAGCUGACCGUAUGGCACACGUCCACACUCGGGGCAGGCGCAGCAGUGCCCUCUGAUUCUCUCAUUUCAUUCUUCCUACAACCGUGCGAGCUACAAUCGGAUAAGAAACCUAGGUCUUGAAUGAUUCAUUUACCUUCUGUGGUCAAAGAUCUCGUGGUGGGAGCAGCAGAAGCAAAUGCAAGCAGGUGGCGUCUCGAGGAGUGAGAUCUCCAGCACCAUGGAGGAUAUCAGAACACAGAGGGGCAAAGGAUCGUGUCAAGGCCUCACUGCUGAUAAAGUUUUAACAGAAUGAUUUUUAUGUCAACACAAAUCCCUGUUUCGGACACACCUCUCGCCAAGAGCUGCUCCUCUCUCCCUUCUUCUGCCUAUUACACUUUCCCUAACACACCCACAUGCGUUUGUGUGCUUCAUUUCCUCCGCACAAGAGGGUGAGUGCCUGGUAUUACCCCUGGCAAUGCUGCAUCACACACAGUGUAAAUGUAUGUUGAAUAACCUACAUGUCCCUACAUAUGUUGAUGUGUAUACACACACACACUCAAAUGUGGCCGUAACAUGUUAAAUCUUAAAAGCAUGGUGCUGACUAAUGCCACGGUUGAGGAGGGAGAGUGCUUUGAGCAUGGGGCUUAGCCAGCUGGGGACCUGCAGCCUGCACUGAGGAACGGGAAGUCCUCACAUACCGAAAAGCUUCAGGGAGGACAUCCUUAAUAAGUCUGGCCAACGUUUUUUGAACACUUUUUUCCCACCAACAAUCUCUUUCCAAAGGUUCAUAUCAGGUAACAAACACAGCACACUCUUGAGAGAAUAAUGAGGUUUGAACUAAGGGUUAAUUUAGGUGAAUAGUGGCAACAUUUUGGAGAUAGUUGCGUUUUUAAGUGUUAUAAUUUUUGACUUGUUAAAUCGGUUUUAAUUUUCAGCUGUAGUAAAGAGCCACUGGAGGUUUUCCUGGGGGAGACUGAAGCACACAAAUUAUUUUUUUAAAAAAGGAAUUACAUUAGAAGUGGAAGUUACAUGGACCGAGUGAGACAAAAACCUUGAGGCAGGGAAGCCAAAUGAGAGAUGGUGCCUUGUCCUGGGCGAAGGUGUUGGAGAUGAGAGAUGGUGCCUCGUCCUGGGCGAAGGUGUUGGAGAUGAGAGAUGGUGCCUCGUCCUGGGCGAAGGUGUUGGAGAUGAGAGAUGGUGCCUCGUCGUGGGUGAAGGUGUUGAAGAUGAGAGAUGGUGCCUCAUCCUGGGCGAAGGUGUUGGAGAUGAGAGAUGGUGCCUCGUCGUGGAUGAAGGUGUUGGAGAUGAGAGAUGGUGCCUCAUCGUGGGUGAAGGUGUUGGAGAUGAGAGAUGGUGCCUCGUCGUGGAUGAAGGUGUUGGAGAUGAGAGAUGGUGCCUCGUCCUGGGCGAAGGUGUCGGAGAUGAGAGAUGGUGCCUCGUCCUGGGCGAAGGUGUUGGAGAUGAGAGAAGGUGCCUCGUCCUGGGCGAAGGUGUUGGAGAUGAGAGAUGGUGCCUCAUCGUGGGUGAAGGUGUUGGAGAUGAGAGAUGGUGCCUCAUCGUGGGUGAAGGUGUUGGAGAUGAGAGAUGGUGCCUCGUCCUGGGCGAAGGUGUCGGAGAUGAGAGAUGGUGCCUCAUCGUGGAUGAAGGUGUUGGAGAUGAGAGAUGGUGCCUCGUCCUGGGCGAAGGUGUCGGAGAUGAGAGAUGGUGCCUCGUCGUGGAUGAAGGUGUUGGAGAUGAGAGAAGGUGCCUCGUCCUGGGCGAAGGUGUUGGAGAUGAGAGAAGGUGCCUCGUCCUGGGCGAAGGUGUUAGAGAUGAGAGAAGGUGCCUCGUCCUGGGCGAAGGUGUUGGAGAUGAGAGAAGGUGCCUCGUCCUGGGUGAAGGUGUUGGAGAUGAGAGAUGGUGCCUCGUCCUGGGUGAAGGUGUCGGAGUGGCGUGUGAGGCACCCCCAGAGGAGGGCUGGGAGCUGCCUGCACACUGGGAUUCGGGUGGGAAGAGUCAGAUGACACCAUGUUUUGUAAGCAUAUAGUUGACAGAAAUAGCACAGUAAAGAAGGAACUUGGGCUUUGAGGAAAAUAUGUCAUCUGUUUUGCGUAGGCAAAGCAGAAAAUCAGAUGAAAAGCCUAUCGCCUUGGUUUAACUUGCUAAUAACUCUUAUAAAAUCUGCCCGUGACAGGGACAUAAAUGAUGAGUAAGACGCACAGUUAUUAUGGGGUUUCUGGUAUCUGUGUUUCUCUUUUCCCUAAUAAUUCUGAAAUAUAGAGAGGCUGUGUUCAGAUUUUCAAAGAAGCAUUAAUUCUCUCAGGUCAUUCUUUACAAUCUGCAGCCAUAUUUUUGCACUUAAGCAAAGAAUUUCCUUCUGGCUGGAUUUUCCCUCCCUCCCUCCUUUCCUGCCUCCCUCCCUCUCUCCCUUUCCUCUUUUCUCUUUUUUCUUUCUCCUUCAUUUCAUCUUUCUCUUUCUCCCUUCUUUUCUUUUCGUCUUUUUUUGUUUCUGUUUCCCUCUUCCCUCCCUUUCUUUCCCCUUUCCUCCCUUCCUUCCCUUCCUUCCUUCCCUUCCUUCCUUCCUUCCCUUCUUUCCUCCCUUUCCCCCUCCCUCCCUCCCUCCUUCCCUUCCUUCCUCCUUCCUUCUUUCUUUCCUUCCUUCCUUCCUCCCUCCCAUCCCUCCCUCCCUUCUUUUUUCUCUUUCUUCUUUACAAUACAUUCUACUCUGGUUUACAGGCCCUAAGAGUUAAUAGUAUUUAAAAGUCGACACCCGCAUUUAGUCAAAAUAAGGGUUGGGAACAGUUUAGUUUCUAACACGGUUUUCCCCCUUGUUUGCACUGGCAGUAAUGGUUGAGAAAUUCUCAUCGUUUUUAAACUAAUGAAAUAGCUCUUUAUGGUUUUAGAGGAGAUGCCCUACAGGAUUUGCAUCGAAUGAACUGUGACUCGUGAAGGUUUACUGUGAUUCUGGAGGUGCUGUAUCAAUGCCAGAGCCUUGGGACAAGACCACGUAGCAUGUAAGGUGGUGAGGAGCUCCUUCGCUAUUCCUGCAUGCCAAGGCUCAUGGCUGACUGUUACUUCAUAUUUAAAGAUAGAAUGUUUUGGUUUAUUUACUAGAGUAAAAGAUCAAGCAACAGAAAUGUGAAGGGGGCUGGCUGUUACUGCUUCCACCCUCUACCACAGACUUCUUAAUAAGACAGGAAAAUAAUAAAGUAAAAAGAAUUUCAGGUUAACAAAAAAUGUCAGAAAUUCCUACUAUUGGGAAGGGAAUUUCUACUUCUGUGUCCUGGAAACAUAACAAAGGCAAAAAAGAUGACUAUACGAUGUUCAAGUUCUACAUUUUUCCAACUUCAUAGUGAAGUGGUGUCAUCGUCUGGUGUAAAUCCCCGUAGUUCGAUGUCUCACACCAGGAAAGUUAAGGACACAGAUGCACAUGGAGGAGUUUAGGAGUGAGAUUUACUAAGCAGAGUGAGAAAGAGAAGAGAGGGGCUUCUGGAAGGGAAAGGCCGGCCAGUGGCAGAGUGCCCCAGGCUUUGUACACAGUUUCAGGGGCGGUGUCUGGUUUACAAAGGGCCCGCAGAUUUAGAUCAGGUGUGAGGUUUACACAGCAUGCAGAGGAGUCUGGCCACGCCACGCUACUAUUCUUAUGCAAAUGGACUUUCCAAGUGAUUGGUGCCAUCUUGUCUGCUCCUUACUGCACAUGUGGCUGGCAAAGGGAAGGGGAGAUGGGCCGGGUAGCUUCUUCCUGCUGUUGUCCACCUGUGCGAGCUUCCGGCCGCUUUGUCUGUGUCUGCAGCUCAUUCUUAGAAAGUGACUUUGGGACUUUUCAUUAAAACAGAAAAUCUUUACCGAGGACUUCCGUACCUUCACUAUCUGCUUAAGUAAUUUCUUUUUAAUUCCUAUAUCCACAGCAGGACUAAACAAUGAAUUGUAGUAUCUUAAAGUCACGGUUGAUUAAGUAUGAUUCAGAAAGGCGACUCGGUUCUGGAUAGAGUACCCCAAAACAGGUGACCUUGGCAUCUGAGGAAGCGGCAGAUGCAGAAAGGUCACUCUCACCUUCCUCUUGCUCCAUCUCCCAUGAAACAGGCCAUAAAAUAACUCUCUGACCUUCCUCUAAAGCAGAUCAUAAGACCUUCACUUCAGGGCUACCCUCCCUAUACCCUAGGAAAGGAACAUCUUCGUCCUUCAAGACACAGAGAUUCCAAGAGGAAUCUGAAGAAACAGGCCUUGCUCAAUUUCUCCCCAUUUAUUACUAUUGUAUCAAGGCUUUCGGUCUCCAGUCAUAUGUCCCUGCUACACCCUUCAUUACCAACUUUAGCAUAAAAAUGCACAGGGUUUCCUGUUCGGUCUUCACUUGCAAAGUCUUCACAUCAUGUAAAACUUGCAAUAAAUGAAUGUGUAUGCCUUUCUCUUGUUAAUCUGUCUUUUGUUGUAGGAAUCUAAGUUAUGAACCUGACAACAAGAGGGGAAAACAAUCUCUAAUCAUACUUCACGAUCACCGCGAUCAUGACGCAGAAUGUGUCCCUCACCCCAAUUCUCCGUGCCUCGUGGCAGGGGGUCCUCUCCCCCGAGACCCAGCGCUCGCAGCCACCCAUCUGCUUCCUGCUCCUAGCGUGGCCCUCUCUAGAAAGGCAUCUGAAUGGAAUCAUACAGUCUGGGCCUGGAUUCUGUCACUUGACUAAUAUUUUUUAUUUUCCUUCAUUGUUGGCUGUAUCGGCCGUUGUUUCCUUUUCACGGCUUAGUAAAAUUCAGAUGUAUAAAUGUACCACGAUUGACUUACCCACUGAUGGAAAUUUUGAUUUUUUUCUUCUUUCCCUCCAGUUUUGGGCUACUGAGAAUAAAGCUGCCGGAAUAUCUGCCUGCACAUAUUUGUGCAAACACACAUUUUCAUUUCUCUUGGGCAACUAUCCAGGAGUGUGACUGCUAAGUCUUGCGGGAAAUAUUUGUGAAACCUUCUUGCAGUCCUACAAGCAAUUUAUGAGAAUUCCAGUUACUCCUCAUCCUCAGCAUCAUUCGCACAUGAGGACGCCGGGAAGCAUCUGAGAAUACUAACAGGCCUGGUGAGAAAACCGUUGCCUCUGCUGCUGUUAGGUCCUUCCUCCUUGGUCCAGUCAUACUUCUCCAGGGCCAUCAGCUUCCUGAAUCCAGCAUCAGAUGCACAGAUCACGCUGUUCCUCCUGUCACCUGAGACCUGCUUUGGUAAAUGUGCAGCUUUCUGCUUGCUAAUCUGUCUCUUGUUACAUGGGCUCCAGCCACGAACCUAGUGAUGGGUACGAAAGGAAGUCUUUCCUCCCCCGUCCAAGUCACUGUGAUACGUGUGAUGAGGGGUCUGCAUAGAGACCCCACUAAAUCCCAUCUCUUCACAGAGACACAAAACCUUUACUUCGAGCCAACAAAAUAUCCCUAAACCUACUCCUCACUUGGAAAGACAAAAGCUAUUACGAUGUGGGCAAAACUAAGCUCAGCAAGAAAAUGCUGUUAGUGCCUCUAGUUUUUCUUUCUCCGUGAAAAAUGCAAUAUGGUUAAAUCCUUUCCCCGCAUAAUCUCUUUUUGAUAUAAUAUUUUGUCUUCAGCCACAUUGGACUUCAAGAUCUGAACAUAAAGUUGAAAACCUUGAGAGAGUUACUUGUAAUCUUCUAGGGUCGAUAGAAAGCCUUUCCAUGGGCUUUUCUGAGGAUAAACAUCCAACCCCUGUGGUACAGUCUGAAGUCUUUUCUGCCUCCAUAAAGGUUUAGAAAAAGCUCAGAUUCUUCCACAAAUGAGCUAAUUGAAAGCCACACACACAAACACCCAUCACAAUUGUUUUGACAGUGAAUAAAAAUUACUGAUAAUGUGGAAAUAUAUUUUCUUUUUGACUCUGAAAACAAAUGUUUCUCUUUUACAGGUUUCCUGUUAAGUUUAUGUGAACAACAGAAGGUUACACACACACACACACAAACACACACACGUAUGCACACAUAUACACAUGUAUAUACACACAUACACACAAGUAUAUACACAUGCACAUACACACACAUACACACACAAACACACACAUAUGCACACAUACACACAUGUAUAUACACAUACACACAAGUAUAUACACACGCACUUACACACACAUACACAAACACACACACGUAUGCACACAUAUACACAUGUAUAUACACAUACACACAAGUAUAUGCACACGCACAUACACGCACACACACACAUAUGCACACAUAUACACACAUACACACAAGUAUAUACACACACAUACACACACAAACACACACACGUAUGCACACAUACACACACAUAUAUACACACAUACACACAAGUAUAUACACAUGCACAUACACACACACACACUUGACUGGGAUUCUGAAAACCAAAUUAUCAUUGUUAUUCUUAUGGCCUGUUUCUACUUUCACUGUUUUUGUUGAGAUGAGGCAGGCGCUGGAUGGGAGUUGAAUGUGGUGUAGGACAGGAUGUCAAUUUUAGAACUCUCUUGGGCUUUAUGCAAAUUUUCAGCCAACUGGAAACUUCUUGAGGAAAAACAAAGAGGAAAAGGUGCUGUUAGACCUUCAACUGUAAGUCAGUUUCACAAAAUUAUUUUUUAAUUUUUUGCUUAAAAUAUGGCUCCAUUUUUUAGUAUAUUAUUUUGGCUCACCUGCUUCUCUAUGUAUGUUAAUAAAUAGAACACACUGUUUGCCUUUGGCACAGUGUUGUUUGUCUCAGUGCAUGUUGUUAGGGUGGCCACAAGGUGACCGGAUUAGGAGGUGAUGGUCCUUGGAAGCCCAUCUGCCAUCUAAGCCCUGUUAGCAUUUUCCUUUACUAAUGCUGGGGAUACUUCAGAAGAGGCACAGCAAACAUGAACGUUUUAUUACAAAGUUGCCAGUCUUGCUGGGCGCGGUGGCUCACGCCUGUAAUCCCAGCACUUUGGGAGGCCGAGGCGGGUGAAUCACAACGUCAAGAGAUCGAGACCAUCCUGGUCAACAUGGUGAAACCCCGUCUCUACUAAAAAUACAAAAAAAAAUUAGCUAGGCACGGUGGCGCGUGCCUGUAAUCCCAGCUACUCAGGAGGCUGAGGCAGGAGAAUUGCCUGAACCCAGGAGGCGGAGGUUGCAGUGAGCCGAGAUCUCGCCAUUGCACUCUGGCCUGGGUAACAAAGGCAAAACUCCGUCUCAAAAAAAAAACAAAGUUGCCAGUAUUUGUCCUUAGAACAGGUCCAUUGAUAAAGGCGCUGCAGGGUUUGAAAGGUUCCCACUGCGACGUCAUGGCAACAUUACUGAAAUUCUUACCUCUCCAAGUGGGGUGAGGGAGGGUAGAGGGUGGGGGUGUCCCUGCCAGAACUCACUGCUUAAUAAUCUUCUUUUAGUAGCAGCACAGGGUCACGUUCCUAUGAUCAAAUACUAUUCCAAGUGAAUAUGAAAUGAAUUCAUAACCACAGAAUAUUAAAGACCCUAUCCAAUAAAAGAGCAGAUUAAAUGUCAGAUCUUCAUUAGGGCUUCUUUAAUCCAAGUUCUUUUUGUGGUUUUGUGACAAAUCCUUUCAUUCUGGCACUUGAACCUAAGACUCUUAGGUCUAUUCUCAUUUGAAACAAAGGGGGAUUUAAUUAUUUUUAAAGUAGAAUUUAUGGUCUGGUGGGUAAGACUCAUAAGUGGAAUCUGGAAAGCCUUUAAUUUUAAUGUUGGAAUGAUUGACGUCUCUGAUCUUACAGAGCUGUAAAGCCCAGUGACUUGGUUUCCAUAUAGGUUAAAAACAGAAUCCCAUAAAAUGGGUAAAUAUUUGUAAUGGUGUAGAUUGGUAACAUUUAUCAGGUGACAUCAGGAUUCUUAAUAGUCUGGAGUGGGUUCGUGUAAUUCUGAAAAAAAUAUAGUCACUAAUUCUAAGCAAGUUACUCCAUCAAUUACAAUUGAUUUAAUUAGUUAAUAUUUGAGAAAUAUUUUAGAGAUGGAAGGCAUAGUGGGAUAUAAUUAUAUCCGGGCCUGCAACAAACCAGACUUUGGUAGUAUUCUCGUUUUUCAGAUGAGAAGUAUAUUGCAUGGACAGGAAACCCCAACAGGAGAGAGCUUCCAGAAUGCCCAUCCCAGGUGACUUCCAGGGAACCCUAAAGUGUCAGAUCCAAAAGCAGCACGACUCUGCCACAAAAGAGUUGAUUCAGUAGACGAAUGAAACUAGCCUGCAAAACUUAGAAACAACUUUCAUUUUAUUUUAUUUAUUCCAAAUAAUUUAUAAUUUAUUAUUUCCAAGUGCAUUUAUGGUCCUGGUUAUUGGCAUGCAAAAUAAAAAUGGAAAAACUAAAUUUAGCUACCAGAAACCAAAUCUAUGUGUUCAUAUUUCAGAAAAUUGUACUCUUUCAAAGCUCAAGUCAGGUGUUCGUCGUAUUUGAAGAGUUUCUGUGUGAGAGAUUAUAGCAUUUAGACCCUCAUGGUGGGUUCAGCUAUGAAAGAAAUGGUCUCAUACAUAACUCCAUUUUGGUUUAUUAAUUUGCAGACCAAAGAGUUUCAAUUGUAAUUCUUUGUAGCCAGAAUACUUACGGUACAGUAAUUAGUACUGCUAUUAAGGACGACUUAAGACAAAACAGUACUGUGAUGGAUUCUAGAUGACGAGAUCAAAGAUUCACGUUCACCUGACUGUACUGAUUACAUUUUAACUACUGAUUCUUGUGACACAGGUUUUGGUGGUUUCAAAGAUCACUUGAAAUAAAGUAAGUUGUUAAUAUUCAAAAAGCAGCCGGGCGCGGUGGCUCAAGCCUGUAAUCCCAGCACUUUGGGAGGCCGAGGCGGGUGGAUCACGAGGUUAAGAGAUCGAGACCAUCCAGGUCAACAUGGUGAAACUCCGUCUCUACUAAAGAUACAAAAAAUUAGCUGCGCAUGGUGGCGCGUGCCUGUAAUCCCAGCUACUCGGAAGGCCGAGGCAGGAGAAUUGCCUGAACCCAGGAGGCGGAGGUUGCAGUGAGCCGAGAUCGCACCAUUGCACUCCAGCCUGGGUAACAAGAGCGAAACUCCAUCUCAAAAAAAAAAAAAAAAAAAAUACUCAAAAAGAUAAUAAAAUAUAAAAUAUCACAAAACGAGUAUCAUGUAAGACCCUAAAAUAGAAAACAGUAAUUAAGUGGGACCCGUGUAUAUUUGCAUUAAGUCAUUAAACUAAAUCUAUUCCUUUUUUGUUAGGAUACGACUCUCAUACGUCAGAUAUAGCAAAUACAGCCCCCGUGAAACCUUCAAUGUCUUUCUGUGUAAACUUGUAGAAAUACGGGCUGGUGUAUAUCACGUUUGCAGAGGUUUUGGUUCACUUCAACAGCUGUAUUCUGGAUGUGUUGAUGAAUCGAUAUUAGCCUUGGAGAGAAUCUAGUAGUAUGACAAGCGGUUAAGUGAUUCGUCAUCUUCCAUUUUAUGUAUAUAUUUUUAUCAAUGCCUUCGUUAUUGAAAGUACUCAACGAAUAUGUGUUGAGAAAGAAAGUGACCAAUUUAUAUAAAGCAUGGACAGUGUGCUUAGCGGGUAACGACAGUUGAAGAGGCAGAUAUUCAGAAUGAGGUUUUUAGGUUACAUUAGAGGGUGAGACCAACCAGGUAGAGCUUUACAGGGGUUGAAGCAAAGUUAUGGCUGUAGUUAAAAGAACUAUCUAUGUGAGUAUCAGGCAGUUACUGAUAUUGAUGUAAAUAUCCUGACAUCAGUUCCUGUGGGCAAGGCCAGGGGACGGAGGUAGGAUGUGAGUCAGCUGCUACAAUUAUUCACCUGCAGGGACUGUGGGUUACUUGCAUUCUAAUCCUCAGGAAUUAGCCUGGCAUCUGGGCAUGAAGGGCACUCAUCAAAGGUUUGUUUAAUGUGGCAGAUUGUGUUUUUUAACCAUGUGUGAUCACAAUUUCUUCCACAGGCUCUUCUAUACCUGACCCCUGUCAAGCAAUGGAGUCCACUUCUCCUCCUCCUUAAUAGGGGCAAGUGUAAUAACUUCUUUGACCAAUGAAAUGCAGCCAAAAUAUUACUGUGCUGGUUCUGGAUGUAGCCCUUAAAUACUCCCAAAGCUCCUGUUUCCUGCUUUUUAGAAGUCAGCUGCCAUUUUAGAAGUGUGACUACUUUGGGAUUCUCAAGCUAUUAAAAGUCCAAGCCAUGGAUCACCUGGGGUCAGGAGUUUGAGACCAGCCUGACCAACACAGUGAAACCCCAUCUCUACAAAAAUUAAAAAUUAGCCGGGCAUGAUGUUGGCAGCCUGUAAUCCCAGCUACUUGGGAGGCUGAGGCAGAAGACUUGCUUAAACCUGGAGGCGGAGGCUGCAUUGAGCCGAGAUUGUGUCACUGCACUCCAGCCUGGGUGACAGAAUGAGACUCCAUCAAAAAAUAAAAAGGCCCAGCUAAGUGGCAGUUUCCUUAGAGUUGGAGAGGAGCACAUGUGGAGGCCAGUCGGGGGAAGGGUCAUGGAGGGGAGUGAAGACCCCAGGCUGGAGAUGCGUCCACGUGGCUUCCGGAUGACUCCAGCCCCACUGCUGUCUAACUACCUGGGAGAUUCUAAUCAUCAACUAUAAGGCCAGUCAAACCAGAGAACGAUGAAAUAAACUAAUGAGCUGCUGGUUUAAGUCAUUAACUUUGAGAGUGACUUUAAUGUAGAAACAGAUGUCACUGAAUGACUGAAAGAACUGUAAUUGGAUUCUAGAGGAGUAUUGGUGUGGAUGGCAUCCAUAUGCAAUUUCUAUUUCUGGGAAGGGGAAGAAAAAUGGGAAAGAAAAUAUGCCAAUUUCAUUAAAAUGUAAAGUACCUUUCAGUCCAUUUUUUGUUGCUAUCACGGAAUACCACAGGCUGGGUAAUUUAUAAUGAACAAAAAUUUAUUAACUCACAUUUCUGGGGGCUGGAAAGUCUAAAAUUGAGGGGCCGCCAUGUGACAAAGGCCUCCUUGCUGUAUUAUAACAUGGAGAAGAAGUCCCAGGAGGAGCAAAGAGAGGGAGGAAGACAGAGACCUUCCGCAAUAAGAGCAGCAGCUCAUGCAUGAAGGCAGCGCCCUCAGGACCGAAGCACCUCUUAAAGGUACCACCUCCCAGUAUCAUCACAAUGACAAUUAAGUUUCAACUUGAGUUUUGGAAGGGACGAGCAUUGAAACGAAAGCAGCUUUUACAUAGAAGACUGAGUAAGCUGAGUUCGCUGUACCCCACAGGCAGAACUGAGGGCAGGAGUGAAAUCUACUAGGAAGCCCCUGCCCUUUAAAAUUAAAAUGUUGGUGGGAGUGUAAAUUAGUUCAACCAUUGUGGAAGACAGUGUGGCGAUUCCUCAAGGCCUUAGAAAUAGAAAUUCCAUUUGACCCAGCAAUCCCAUUACUGGGUAUAUAUCCAAAGGACUAUAAAUCGUUCUAUAAGGACACAUGUGCACGAAUGUUCAUUGCAGCACUGUUUACAAUAGCAAAGACCUGGAAUCAACCCAAAUGCCCAUUGAUGAUAGACUGGAUUGGAAAAAUGUGGCACAUAUACACCAUGGAAUUUUAUGCAGCAAUCAGAAAUGAUGAGUUCGUGUCGUUUGUAGGGACAUGGAUGGAUCUGGAGAACAUCAUUCUCAGCAAACUGACACAAGAACAGAAAAUGAAACACCGCAUAUUCUCACUCAUAGGCGGGUGAUGAAAAAUGAGAACACAUGGACACAGGGAGGGGAGUACUACACA